AUGUAUGGUGAUGUUGCAGGGACAAUGAACUUUUUGCCUAAUAUGGAUAAAUCUUCUGAGAGUUUAAAACCAAAUCUUGUGGCAUCUACAUCAAACUCAAAUGCGAGACCUUCUGGUUUUUUUCCAGAGAUGGGUAGCUUUGGUGCCUUCAGUUCCAAGGAAGAUACCAAUAACAAGACAGAUUUCAGGAAACCAGCAAAAGUGGAGGCAAAGAGUUCCCAUCUGACUAUGUUUUUUGGGGGACAAGUGGUGGUAUAUAAUGACUUUCCUUCGGACAAGUUUAAGGAAAUCAUGGACAUUUUAGCUAGCAGUGGAUGCUCAACUGCAUGCAGUGGCGUUGUUGCUGACACCGGCAUGGAAAAGGUUAAUUCUAAAAUUGACAAAGUCGAGUCUAGCAAUCCUGAAAUUCCCGACCUGAACGUCGCCACCACGAUCGGCAAUAGUCUUCCUCCUCCUCCUCCUGUUCCCUCGGCCGAGCGGCGUGAAUAUGUAGGGUCAGAUUUACGAAUUGCUAGAAGAAAUUCACUUCACAAGUUCUUUGAAAAGAGAAAAGACAGGGCAGCUGCGAGAGCGCCGUACCAAGUUAACAAUUUAGGAGGAUCUCCUACGCCGCCUAACCCCGAUGAAAGCAAGUCGUCUCACGAGGAAGGUCAAUCAUCUAAAGAAGAAGCGAGAGAUCUUGAUCUCAAGUUAUGGUCCCUCUUCAUUGUUAGAGUCUGGAUCUUCGUCCUUAAGAUUUGUCGAACUGAUGAACAUACAUGUAAAGAAGGGAAAAUACAAAACUGUAUCUUUCCACGAUCUUUCACUAUUCACCAAUGUUGUCGUAUCUUCUCCCUCGGAGGGUCUGAAUCUCUUGUUACCUAUAUUAAUGUCAUCCAUACUUGCUUCCGCCUGGUUCACCAUGGUGACCGUCGGGUUAACCGCCUCCAUACAAAAACAGCCUCAAGAACUAAGGCUGGAGAAAACAUAAUCUUGAAAGGUGUUUUUUUUUUUUUGAAGUUUUGUGUUUAA